AUGCUGUCGGUACCCGGCCCCAUGCUGCCUGGCCUCCUCCAGGCGCAACGUGGCUUGCGGGUUCCUGGCGCAGCGCUCGCUGGAAAGACGAAGGCGAGAUCUCACCUGCACUCAGCAGUGGUGGCCUCUUUGGCUGGUGCCCUGGCAGGCAAGCUUCGACUGCAGGCAGCGUCGACGGCUCGCGGUGGUCGUCCGCUGGACAAGUUCAAGGUCGGGGAGCAUGUGGAAGGAACAGUUGUCCAAAUCUACUGCCCCGGCGGCGUGUCGGUAGAUGUGGGCUGCUCCGAUUCCUUUGCUUUCCUGGAAGUGGAGGAGUUUGGGGAUGGCUUCCCGCAGAAGGGGCCUUUCAAGUACAAGCCUGGAGAUCAAAUUGCCGCGCGGGUGCUGGACAUUAAUCCGGAAGCAAGGGUGGUGGACCACGGAGAGGCAGAUCCACACGGAGAACACGGGGACAGUGGUAAACUUCACCUCACCAUGCGCUCGGGGACCUUGGAUCGUCCCGAUCGCUAUGUCGCGGACGCAAGGAGGCUUCAGAGUUUCAACGGGUCACCGUGUGCGUUGCACCGUGCUAAACACCUGGUGGGUCAGGCCAGCCAAGGUGGCAUCAUUUCUGGAUGUUGA